CCCCUUUAAGUUGAAUCUGAUGAAUCAAACUUUUCAGAUCAUCGUGCGUGUAUGCUCGACAUAGAGAUUUGUCACACCUCGACGUUUGCCCAAAGGACUGGGAACGCCUCUCGUCGUGUUCACCGGGUCCGCUCUUCACGUUCAGGCACAUCGACGGUGACGACCUCCGUUACGAGGAAGAGCCCUUACUUUAUGAGGAGCAGUGUCUUACAACCGUCAUCGAAUUCGAGUAAUUCAUCUACCACCUCCUCCACGCAGUGGACUCCGCCUCGAUCACCGUACAACCUGGUGCAAGAAAGCUUGUUCCAUGAUCCAUGGAAACAUCUCGUCGCUACCAUCUUCCUCAACAGAACCAAGGGAUCGAAAGCCAUCCCUGUUCUCUGGCGGUUCUUUGAAAAAUGGGACACAGCGGAAAAGACUCGAUCAGCUGACUGGCAACUGAUCGCUGAUCUGAUUCAACCACUGGGCCUUCAUGAAAAACGCGCCAAGAUGCUCAUUCGAUUCUCUGAUGCAUAUUUGACUAAAAGUUGGACGUACCCCAUUGAGUUACCCGGCAUUGGAAAAUAUGGCAACGAUUCCUAUAGAAUCUUCUGUGUCAAUGAAUGGAAAGAGGUCAAACCCCAGGAUCAUAUGCUUAACAAAUACCACGACUGGCUUUGGGAGAAUCAUGAAAGACUGGGAAUAUGAUUAAUGCCAACUUUUUAGUACCCGUUCAUAAUGUCGUUGAUGCAUGAUAUUUUCAUUAUUAACCUUUUUAUGCAUUACCUGUUAACUGAAAUAAUAUUACAAUAUUUUAUAAUGAUGCGUAUUGAAUUACACUGCGAAACCUUUAACCUCACUUAUGAUAUUUGCCCGUACAUUUUAUCCAUCUCUAAAUAAAUCUUGAUAGUGUAUCUACACAGUCCUGGUGAAAAAAAUAUGAAGAUUCAAUUUACUAGAAUUUAAGGCCCCAUUUCAUUAAAGGUCAAGUGUACCUCAGAAAUUUUUUGAUUUGAAUCAAUAGAGAAAAAUCAGACA